AUGGAGAGUAGUGUAUCGAAAAUAAUAAAGAAAUAUAAUUCUUUAUCUAAUACACCCAAUCCCACCAAAAAACCUUUUAGUAUCUCCACACACAAAAAUAUAAAUAACUCUGUAAAUAAUAAUUCUGUAAAUAAUAAAACUUGUAAUAAUAGUAAUACUAAUAGUAAUACUAAUAGUAUCAAUUGUAAUAAUAUUAAUAAUAAUAAUAAUAAUAAUAAUAAUAAUAAUAAUAAUAAAGUAGAUAAUAAUGAAAAAGAUAAUGGCUCAAUAGAUAAUAAUAUAAUAAAAAAAAAUUCAAAUGACAUAAGAAAUGAAAUAGAUGAAAUGGCAAAAAGAAUAAAUUCAUUAUCAAUAUCUUCAAAAGAAAUUAAAAACAAUACAAACGAAAUUAAAAAUAGAUUUGAGGAGAAAAGUGAUAAUAACAAUAUCAGUAAUAGCAAUGGUAAUAAUAAUAAUAGCGAACAAAAAACACCUGAUGAGGAUGAAAAUGAAUUAAAAGAGAGUGGCGAAUUUAGAAUUCCAACAGCAACUCCUGGUGGUUAUGGUUAUAGAUUAUCAAUUGAACCAGAAUCAAUAAAUUCAACAUCUUCUUAUUCUUAUUCAAUAUCACCUUCAAUCAUACCAGAAACAUCACUUAGUGUGGCACCACCAAUUGAAAUAAACAAUAAUAGUGAUAAUAUCAGUAAUAAUAGUGAUAAUGAAAAUGAUUGUAAUAAUAGUAAUAAUGAUAAUGAUUGUAAUAAUAGUAAUUUUGUAAAUAACAAUAAUGAUAUUGAUUGUAAAAAUUAUACCAAUGAUGAUAAUAAUACCAUUGAUAAUAAUAAUACUAGUAACAAUAAUAAUAUUCAACCAAUAAAAUCCUAUCCUUUUCUUAAUAAAAAGGAUGAGGUUAAAUCAUUGCAGGAUCUUUUAUCAAAAAAUUUAAUUAGAGAAAGCUACGAACCUGUAAUAAAGAGUGAAGAAGAUGUUGGCGAUGAGGAUGAAGAAAAUGAACCAACAAGUAUAAAUCAAGAUGAAGCAACAGAUGAAGAAGAACACCAAAUCAAUGAAAAUAAACAAUAUUUAAAUAAAAGUUUAGGACAAAUUUUCAAUGAAGAUGAUGAAGAAACAGAAAUGUGUGAAUUUGAAGAAGAUAAUAAUAAUAAUGAUAAUAAUACAAUAGUAAUACGUAAAGAAGAUCUCUUUGAUGAUGAUGAAGAGGAUGAAGAGGAUGAAGAAGAUGAAGAAAAUAGUUAUAAUUUAAACAACAAUAUAAAUAAUAUUAAUACUAUAAAUAAUAAUAAUAAUAACAAAAACAAUAAUAGUACAAAUAAUAGUGCAAAUAGUAGUAAAAACAAUAGUAUUAAUAGAAAGCCAAAACAAUCAUUACCUGAAGGAUACUCAUAUUUUCAUGAAAGAAGAUCAACAAUUUUACAAACUAAUUUUACAAGUGGUGCAACUAGUACAAGCUUUAAUGGUGAAACAAGUGGUAGUAGUACAAGUAAUAUUUUAACCAGUUUUUCUAUGGAUACAAGUUCAAACAGCGAUUUCUUUUUAGAUCAAGAUGAAGAAGAAAGUAAAUACAAUAUAUCAUUUUUAAAUGAUAAAUUUAAAUUUCCAAACCACAAAGAUGAAGAGUAUCAUUGGAACUCAAGCUUUCAAGAAAUUCUAUCAUUAUCAGAUGAUGAUCCUAACAAAUCUAAAAGACUUUUCACUUUAGCACAAGAAUUUGUGACGCUUGCAAAUGAAAUUGGCAAAGUAUUAAUCUCGGAAGUUAAAUCGAAAAAAAAAGAAAUUAAACCAUGGGUAAUUGGGGGUCAAGCUGGUGGUAUUAAAUACAAAUGUCACGAUAUUAUUUUUAAAUUUGUUACAGAUUUAAAAAGUAAUGACAACACAACUUGGAUCUAUGGAGGUACUUAUAAAUGCGAUGAAAAGGCUCAAAAGAGUGCAGGACAUGAACUAAAAAGCUUAAAUCAUUUUAGAAUGGCAUCUUCAAAUUCAAUUCGUACACCAUUAAUGGCAAUUAUCUCAUAUUUGGGUUAUAAAGUUACAGCAAUUUCAAAUUUACCAAUUACAAAGGAUGAAACAAUCGUUUAUGGUUCAAACAAUAGUGGUAUUAAUGUGCAUACAUCAAAAGUAAUCCAUGAUGAAAUGAAAUCAAUAUGUGAACAAUUAAAUUUAUCAGAGCAUUGCGUUAAUGAUUUGGGUAGUGGCGGAACAAAGGAUAUAUUUGGUCCAGUUGAUAUUGAAAUCCACGAGAUUAAUAAAAACCAAUAUUAUGGGAUUGACUUUUCGAGACUAUUUCCACCAGAAGACCCAGAAUACUCAACACCUAGAAAAGGCUUUAGGGGUGGUAAUUUAUUAUGUAAAUUAUUAAGACCAGAACUGGUAAAAAAAUCAAGUAAACCUUUAAGUAGCGAUGCUUUUUUUACAUUUCAAAACGCAGAAAAACAAGAUGAACAUAAUGAAAAUGUAUCAAUAAUUACCAAAAAACUUCACAAUACCGUUAUACCAGAAUUUGCAAAACAUAUCGAUAACAAUAGUGUUGGCACCAUCAAGAGUUUAAAACCAUCAAAAUCAAUUUACGACUCUAUAUUUUCAGCUGAUCAAACCCAAAAAACUACUGAAAACUUCCCAGAAUGGAUUUUCAAAUUGGAUACAGAUAGAAGAACUCAUGAUAACGAUUUUAAUUUUUCAUCAAAAAGUCUAUCUCAAAAAGCAAGUUAUAUCAAAACAUAUAUUGACGAAUUGCACAGUUCAGGGAUCAACAUUAGAUAUCUAGGUUUAGUGUCCAAAAAUCUAAAAACAAAAUCUUUAAAGAAUCUACUUCAAAGCGAGGUAUCUGCAAGAGUUUGGAAGAAAUAUAUUGGUUCAACUAUCAGAUCUUGUGAUAAUCCAACUGAAUACAACUACAAGAAAAUUCUAUCAACCAUCUUUGAAAUGAUAUUGUAUCCAUACGACUCUUUAGAAAACAAAGAUUUUUGGUGCUUAAAAAGCAAGGACACUUUCAAGUAUUUGGCACUGCAGUGCUUCGAUAAAUGUAUAUCUGAUGAAGACUUGGUUGAAACUGUAGAUUUCAGAAAUAAAAUAGAUAAUCGUUUAGUAGCCUACAGAUUAAUUCAAAUGCUUAAUGUUAAAAUCAAUAGUGAAGCUAUGAACCAAUUUUUAUCAAAUAGUAACUAUGUUAUCACCCUUCACGACAUUGAAGAGAUAGGUUCAAAGAUUCAAUACCUCAGUAUUGUCGAUGUUGCUGCCGGUUCAUUUUUAUUGGACGAGGCGAUUCAAAGUAUAUCAAGUGGUAAUAGUAAUCCAUUAGCAACUCAGAGAUUAAUUGAAAAUGCCAAAAAUAAAUUCCUCUCGGCUUUAUGUUCAAUGCCAUUAUCAACUUCAGUAAUGCUUAAUUUAGGUCGUUGUUAUUUACUCCAAGACAUUACACUCAGUAUCAAUAACAAACAAUCAAUCGACAAUAUAAAGUCAGCAUUGGCCCACAUUAACUCAAAUGAUCCUCAAGUUAAAGCGUUACUAGGUAUCUUUUAUUUAAAAUUAGCAACCUAUCAUAUUUUUAACAACUUGCCAAUAUUAGAUUUUGAAAAAAUUAUAUUAAAACUAAAAGAAAGUUGGAACAAUGUACCAGAUAGUUUAAUUAUGGAUAAGUUAUUUUUAAAUUUUAACCAAUUUAAGAUCACCAAUAAUAGUAACCAGCAGUAUAAUAAUUCAAAUAAUAACGAAAUAUUACUAUUCGAAAAAAAGAGUAUUAAUGAACUCAUGGUAUUGUGUGUGGCCUUGGAUGAGCUCAAAAAGAAGUUUAAAUUUGAUUUAAACCUUGGUUAUUUCUUUAUAAAUAUUAAAUUGGUUAAAGAAUUUUCAAUUCCACAAUGUCUUUUACACUAUUUCUAUGAAAAGAGAAUUAGUGUCAAUCCAAUUACCCACCAUCAACUAAUAAUCGAUAUCAGCUCAAUAGUAUUUUCAAAAGCCAAUAAUAUAUCAACUAUCGAAUUAAAUAAUAUAAUAAUUAAUGAAUCCCUAUUACUUCAAUUUAAUCUUAUUAAUAAUUUAAAGAUAAGCAAUUGUAUCUUUUCAUUCACCAAUAGUAACAAAAAUAACAAUAAUAUUGGCAGCAACUUAAACGAUCCAGUAAAUGAAAUAUUAUCAAAGUGCAAACUUUUAAAAACAUUAUAUAUUGAUUUUAAAAUAUAUACUCCUCAACUACAAACCCAUUCACAGUCCCAAUCAACUUUAACAACUGCUUUAAUGCAACAGCAAGCACCUUCGGACUACCAUUCAAUUGAUAAGCAACUAAAUAUAACAUCAGACUAUUUAAGAUUAAAAUCAUUAUCAUUAGUAAAUUUUAAAGGUUUAUUUAGACCACCAAAAGACGAAAUCAUAUUAAAUCAAUUAGAAGAAUUGAAUAUAAACUAUUCAUUAGAUUUAAUCGACCUCAUUUCAGUAUGUUCAAAAAUUAAAAAACCAUCAUUAAAAUCGAUUUCCAUUGCUGGCUUUUCAAAUCCCCACAAUGCAGAUCAUAUAAAUGGUGUUGAUAAAAAAAUAUUUAAUGAAAAUUUAACAGAACUAGAUAUAUCCUCAUGUAAACUCCCCUUAUCAGUUGUUAAUGAUAUUGUAAAAAACUCUUCCGGUCUAAAGGUACUUAAAGCUUCAAAUAACAACUACUUUUCAAAUUUUGCACUAGGAGUUUUGAACGAUCGUCAAUUAGAAAAGCUUUAUUUGGACGGUAUUUCCUUUGUAGGCUCUGAAAAGUUCUAUCUUACAAAUUUAUUAAAACUAAAGAGUUUAAAAGUUCUUUAUUUACCAAAUUUUCAAAGAGUAAACAAUAAUAGCAUAAUAACACAAGAUAUAUCAAAUAUACUUUGCGAUUUUAAAAACCUUGAAGAUUUAAAGAUCCCAUGUUACUUUCCUUUAUCAUCACUUGUUCAAACACUAAACAACUCUUCAACCCCAAUUUAUCUUAGAAAAAUUAAAAGAUUAAAUUUAGAAAAAAGCACUGUAUCAGUAAAAUCACUUCAAACUAUAAUUAAAAUCUCCCCACUUCUUGAAAAUAUAUCAUUAUUUGGUAGUGUUUGGGAAAUCGAAGCCAAUCAUAAAGACUUACUUUCAAACCUCAUCGAAUCAAGUACAAUCAUUUUUAAUAAUAAUAUUAAAGAAUUAAAUAUAGCAGAAUGUGACUUAAAAAAACCAGAAAUUAGAGAAAUAAUUAAAUUUUUCCCAUCACUUCGUUUAAUUAUAACAAAUUUUAAUAGACUAGGUAAAACAUUUAAUAUGAAUAAAACUCAUUUCCAAGUUAUAAAAUAUAUAAAAGAAAAUAAUAACACCAUUAAUAACAAUAAUAAUAACAUUAAUAAUAACAAUGGUAACAAUAAUAAUAAUAAUGGAAUCAAUAACAAUAAUGUCAAUAAUUAUAAUACUAUUAAAAACAAUUUCAAUACGAUUACCAGUAAUAAUAGUUAUAAUAGUAUAGUUAAUGGUGCCACGGUUGAUAAUCUCAAUAGUGAAAAUACAAUUAAGGGUGAAAAGAAAAAGAAGAACGGUAAACCACCACUUUUGGUUCAAUUAAAAGAAAAGUCAUCAUCAACAUCAUCAUCAUCAAACCCCAGCAACUCUGGUUUCUUUAGAAAAAAAAUAAAUAAUUAA